UAUUGUAAUACCGAAAAGGUGUUUUCAUUAUCCAGCUGUACUAAGCAGAGUACGAAUAACGAGCUGACCGUGUACAAAUAUGACACGAUAUUGUACAGUUGGUUAUUUUGUACCGUAAAAACCGGUCGGCUGUGCUUGCUACUCUCUCUAAUUGCUCCGCUUUUCCAGCCUUAUAAGAGAUGCGCAUGAAAUAGAGCACUUGAAAAAUAAAUGACGUAUUAGACAUUUGAGUGUGAAGUAUUGCUGAGUAUUAUCAGCCGUUGUUUGUAUUUCAACAAAAAUCCGUAAAAAUACUUAGCGAUGCUACACACCAAAACAUCAAAUAAAAUAUACUUCAUCAGUUAACUAUAAAAAAAAAAUGCGUUUCUAAAUUAACGUUAGAUCGAGUGACUUGUUAAAAUUUGAUCGGUUCUUUCCUUUACAGGGCGCUUUUUUAGACACUGGAAUUGAGGACGACCGUGCACAUUAAACGCGCUUAAAUCUCACUUGCAUGACUCAAACGCUUUCUAUGCCUCGAAAACUUGGACUUUAGCUAUAGCUCCAUUUUUUGGAGCAUAUUGUGUGUGUCCUGGUCUUCUAAGCCAAUGGGAACAUGUGUUCCUCAAGACAAUCACAAACAGACAGAAAAAAAUAAAAGCAAACACUAAGCGUGAAACAACUCAGGUUGAGGGAAAAACCGCUGUGGAUUAUAGACUGGGUAUUUUUAUGAGGGGGACAGAAAAACCGAAACUCCAACCUCAGAAAAAAACUAAAGCCAAAACGUAUGAGGCCUGCUCCUGACACCGGCUCCUGUGAUAACACUAUGCCAGUUUCUAACAGGAAGACUUUUACCCGUUCUUCCAUGCAGGGUUCAAAUUUUUUUAAACUAUGUGAAGCCGGACGACCGCUGUGAAAUUAUUCAGGAAUUGUAAAAGUCGGUGACUGCACCUGUUUGCGGAGAAUACGCGUUAAUUAAAUCACGCUGAGAAGUUUUGGAAAAAAUAAUCUGAGAGGAAACGUAGCUCUUCGUACAACUGGUUUAACAUCAUCGACGACAGCUAAAUGUUAAGAGGGUCUCACGAAAAGAAAUUGAUGGCAAAUAUGCUUGCAUCGUUAUGCGUCGUGCUUUUAUCCAUCAAAGAACUGUCAUGUAUCAGAUGUUUUACAUGCGAUGAAGGCGGUGACUGUCGAAAACAAAUGGGAGAAGAGAAAUGCCCUGUGGAACCACUACUGAAGGACAGGUGCAUUGAGAUAAUGAAUAAUGAGAAUGGACAGGUCGCCAAAGGAUGCGCCAACAUCAGAAUGUGUCAGAAAGCAGAGAAAAAUUGCAAAGAGGCCAAAGAAAGAAGGACUGGGGAUUGUGACGUCACUUGUUGUACAGCUGACCUGUGUAAUGCCGGCUCAAAAGGGUCCUCAUCUCAUUGGCUUCACGCGCUCUGCUUUCUCUUCUGUGUGUUGUUCUUAAACCUCCUCAAAACUGAUAUGAUAAGCAACGAAUAGAAAAUCAACGAUCAGAAUAACUUAUAAACAAG